UAAUAACUUCGCCAGGUAAUAAAAUUACCCUUAAACUAAGUAUUAAAUGUAUUGUCUAGAAUCAUUACCGUUCUAUCUUACUGAGAAGACGAACAAGAACGUGUCCAUGAAAUGUGUGAUAACUGAUUUCAUCGUUUACAAUCUGUUCACUGUGACUGUUUGAAAGGAUAAUAGCUAAAUUUGCUAAAUAAAAAAAAUAUCUACCAGAACCCUUUAAUGCCUACCUUGCUUGCAUUAAACUGUGUUGUCAUAGAUAACGAUUACCGUAGUUUCUGGGCAAAAGGGGAAACCCUCUGUCUAUUCCACCCGAAUAGACGGGGGGAAUUCCAAUAUCAGCCGUUUAAUAUACUCCGAGAUCUCCUUAUGCCGCAGAGCUGACAGAUCAGUUGAUGAGAGGACACGAAAAAGAGGACUUUUGCAAUCAUAAAUCAAAAGGAGCACAAUGAACGCCAGAACUGGAUUUCUUUUUAUUUUGUUAAACUGCAUAACUACGCCAGGUCUUCCGGCCGAAGUCAUUGUUAAAGGAGAAACCACUGCUGCCUUCGGCCAAGAAGCGUCCUUCUCCUGUUCUCUCUCUCAACCUGAUGGCGUUUCGCAAGUCACAUGGCAAAGACUCUUAAAAGACAACACCGUGGAGAACUUGGCCACCUUCAGCAAACGUUUUGGAGCUAAAGUCAUGGACCCACACGUCAGCAGGAUAGAUUUCAUGGAAGCGUCGCUCAACUCUACGUCAAUCAUAAUCAAGAAUGUGACUCUGGCGGACGAUGCCUGCUAUAUUUGUUCUUUUAAUGUUUAUCCCAGUGGAUCUAUACGGAAGCAAACCUGCCUUACUGUUCAAGGAAUAUUCGAAGCAAGAGCCUGGCUAAUUCCCAGUGGUGGGACUCCAUCGGGCGUUGCAGUCAGUUGUUCCGGUACUGGUAAACCUGCCCCUGAAGUUACAUGGAAUUCAACGGUGGAAGUCACCGCUGUACCCACAGAGCAACGCGUUUCCAAUGCUGACGGAACGAUGACGGUCACAAGCACGCUCCGUUUGUAUGACUUCUCUGGCAGGAGCGUAGACUGUCUCCUGAGCAGCCCUGGGACAACAGAUAAGAUCAGGAAAUCGGUUACAUUGCCUGAAAUUGUGACAACAAAAGAUGGAAAUUCUGCUUCUGGGCUGUGGAUAGGAGGCCUAUUUGUCUUCGCAGUAAUGUCUGUUGUCUUCGCCAUUGCACUUAGGCUCAGGAGAAAAAGAGGUGACAAGAAACCAAAACUGCAAGGAGAAAGACAACCUGAUAUUUUGCUGGAUUGUGGCGUAUGACUUAUCUUCUCAUCCUUUUUUUAAGCCACUUGUGGAGGCUACUCACCCAAUGGCAGGGAGCGGCUGGUUAGGAGGUGCAGUUGUUUUGCUGUCUCCAUUGAAGAGGAGGAGAACAGAACUUAAGACACACCCAUCCAAAGAAGAGAAGCCAGCUCAGAUCACCAUGGAGAUAUUACUUAAAAAAAUAAAAUAAUAAUAAUCUAGGCUAUUUUAUGCAGCAAGUAACAUCUCUGUGCCUCAGUCAACCUCCAAGGAGAUUUCAAGCCAGAAAUCAUUCCAGCCAUGACUCUGAAAUUCUAAUGGGGGACACUGGAUAUGUUAUGCCCUGCAGAAUCAAUGGAUGUAUGCAGCCUGAAAAACUGGUGUGGGUUCAUGCACUGAUGACUCUACUGGCUCAUGAGCGACAUCUUCAUCUGGUAAUGUGUCAUUAUCAGAUUCCUACAUUCCCAAGAAAACAGAAACAAGAAACCUAUUCCUCAACUUUUGGGGUGACACAAAUUCAGUGUGUAAUUUUAUAUUUUCAAAAAAAAAAAAAUCUCUGUAGACCUAUAUGCCCUAAAUAGUGAAUUUUCUUAAAUGCAGAAAAGUAAACUUAACAGAAUAUCUAGGUACACAUUCAGUUUACCAUACGAGGAAGAGGGUUUAUCAUUUUGCCAUUAGUUUUAUAUUUGUUAUUUAUUGGAACUGAUGUUUCAUCACAAUGUUUUGACAGGGACCAUUUAAAAUGACUAAUUUGAACCAUUUUGUGCAAUAUUAUAUUUGAGAGAUUUUCAGUGAAUGUAUACCUUACACAGUCUUACAUAAGCUAUUGAUUCUGUACUGAAAAUAAUUGAUCAGGUGGACAUUUUUAAUCUCUGUAUGAAGCCUUACAGUGCACCACCACCACCAAUUAUCUUGACCCUGCACUGCUGCACUUUGAAUUUAAGUUUUACAAGAUGUGUGUAUUCACGUGUGUAUCCAGAUUGAUGCCAGUUCCAUACAUUAAGUGAUACAGUUGGUGUACUAUUUUGACUAUUUAGUUUGAAUUUACAUGCUAAUAUUCUAAGUUCUUUUUGUGCAAGAAAUGUUGACAUUCUUUUUUUUUAUUGGUGCUGUAUUUUGAUGUAAAAGGGUUUUGUCUGUGUUGACUGCAGAUUUUAGUUGUCAGUUUAGUUAUUUUCAGUGUGUUUUUACGUACUGUCAGCAGUUCACGGUGUACAAAUAAGUGACAUUAAUUUUGCCACACUCCCUUUAUCUCACAAGAUCAGUACAAAGUAAACUUUAUAUUUCAUGUUGUGUAUGUACAAAAAUACAAUUGACCCUUAUUAUAUAAACUGUUUAUUAAAGUAUACUGCUUAUGGCAAAAUACAGUUUACUUCAAGACUAUACAGUUCAUGCAUGAAUGUAUAAAAUAUGUACUUGAGAGCAUUUUAUGGACAGAUAGUUAUGAGACAAUAUUAAAUAUGAAAUUAAAGCUAUAAUCCUCCACCUCAUGUGUGUACACUGCAAAUCUCUGACUGGUAUGUAUAGGCAGACAAUAGAGGAAACUGGUAUCAACGGUCACCAUUUUUGAUCAGGCGGCAUUUGCCUGCUACCGUAUGUGACCUGACUACCCUGGAAAAAAGAGGCACACUAACCAAAAUCACGUGAGUGCAGGAGUUGGCAACGCUGUAGCAUCAUACAAAUAAAAAGGGACUUCAAAAAAUGAAGUCCCAACGUGUCCCCCUAUUUAGCUUGGCCUUGCGUAGCUAAUGUAUAUAGCCUACUGUGUUACUAAAAUUUAUUUUCAAUCCACCUUUCUUUGAACCAAGAUCUGUUCAUGCGAACUCCCCUGCAUUAAUAUUAAUAAACUGCUUUGGAAAGCC